AUGCAACGCUGCAAAGCUCUACCAUUUCACUCACUUUGUGUAUAAACUUUUGAAAGUCGAAAUACCGCUCGACCUGCUACAGUUUGUGGCAAUUUCAAGACUACCACUAGUCAUUAGAGUUACGUGCGAUGGUUUAGUACUAAUCAUUUAAUUACUGCCUGGUCAAGCUGACAGUGAUUGCGGACAUAAGUUAGUUUUGGAGGGAGUUGAAGCGUUAAAAUGGCGAUGAGCCUUUGGUUGAUUCGUCGGUGAACACGGCAUACUACACACAAUACCGGUGAAUAAUCUGGCGUCGGGUACGCGCUUCAAGUAUUUUAUUGAAUAAAUAAAGCAAGAAAUUGACCUCAGCGACGAAAAAUGUCCAAGCCGGAGACGGAAAAUGCCGACGCUGUCGAAACGGGGGAGAAUUCAAACGGAUCGUCAGCAGAAACAACAUCUUCUAGGGGUGGCGAUUUCGAAACCAAACUGGAGACCGACAGGAGCAAGAGGUUUGAUUACCUACUAAAACAGACCGAAAUUUUUUCUCAUUUUAUGACGAAUAAUCAGAAAGACAAAAGUGUCAGUCCUCUUAAAGUUAAAGCUGGGAGACCUAGGAAGCAGCCCGAGAUUCCUGUCAAAGGUGACACGUCGGCUGAUCUCAGACAUCGAAAAACUGAGCAAGAAGAAGAUGAAGAGCUCCUUGCUGAGAGCAAUGUCAGUGUUGCGCCAACGACUCGUUUCGAGUCAUCCCCCCAUUAUAUAAAAUCAGGAGAGCUGAGGGACUACCAGAUUCGUGGUCUUAACUGGAUGAUUUCGCUCUAUGAGAAUGGAAUCAACGGUAUACUGGCAGAUGAAAUGGGUCUUGGAAAAACCCUUCAGACGAUUUCAUUGCUAGGAUACAUGAAGCAUUUCCGCAGCAUUCCAGGACCUCACAUUGUAAUUGUCCCAAAGUCAACGCUAGCCAACUGGAUGAAUGAAUUUAAGAAAUGGUGUCCCUCGCUGAGAGCUGUUUGUCUGAUUGGAGACGCUGAGACAAGGAACACGUUCAUCAGAGACGUAAUGAUGCCAGGGGAGUGGGAUGUCUGCGUAACGUCUUAUGAAAUGGUAAUAAAGGAGAAAUCAGUAUUCAAAAAGUUUAACUGGAGGUAUAUGGUAAUCGAUGAGGCUCAUAGGAUAAAAAAUGAGAAAUCAAAGUUAUCAGAAAUUUUGCGCGAGUUUAAGACUGCCAAUAGACUUUUACUCACCGGCACACCGUUACAAAAUAAUCUUCACGAGCUAUGGUCACUCUUAAACUUCUUAUUACCAGACGUGUUCAACAGCUCAGACGACUUUGACUCCUGGUUCAACACCAACAGUUUUCUUGGAGAUAAUUCUUUGGUUGAAAGGCUGCAUGCUGUCUUAAGACCAUUCCUUCUUAGACGCCUCAAGGCUGAAGUAGAGAAGGGACUUAAGCCUAAAAAAGAAAUCAAAGUUUACAUUGGACUGAGUAAAAUGCAGAGGGAAUGGUAUACCAAAGUGCUAAUGAAGGAUAUCGACAUUGUAAAUGGUGCUGGAAAAAUUGAAAAAAUGAGAUUACAAAACAUUCUUAUGCAGCUACGAAAGUGCUGCAAUCAUCCAUAUUUGUUUGACGGAGCUGAGCCGGGCCCUCCGUAUACCACUGACGAACAUUUAGUUUAUAAUUGUGGAAAGAUGGUGAUCCUUGAUAAACUACUGCCAAAAUUAAAGCAACAAGACUCGAGGAUAUUGAUAUUUAGUCAAAUGACUAGGAUGCUUGAUAUUCUUGAAGAUUAUUGCCAUUGGAGAAGUUUUCAAUAUUGCCGAUUGGAUGGUAACACGGCUCAUGAAGAUCGACAGCGGCAAAUAAAUGAAUAUAAUGCUCCCGGGAGCGAAAAGUUCAUUUUCAUGUUAUCCACAAGAGCAGGAGGUCUUGGUAUUAAUUUAGCUACAGCUGACGUAGUUAUUAUUUAUGAUUCUGAUUGGAAUCCUCAAAUGGAUCUGCAAGCUAUGGAUAGAGCACAUCGAAUCGGCCAACAGAAACAAGUGCGAGUGUUCAGGUUCAUAACUGAGAAUACAGUAGAGGAAAAGAUUGUCGAACGUGCCGAGGUCAAGUUGCGCUUGGAUAAACUUGUUAUUCAGCAGGGCAGACUAGUAGAUGCGAAACAAACAGCUUUGAACAAGGAUGAGAUGCUCAACAUGAUUAGACAUGGCGCUAAUGAAGUAUUUGCUUCGAAAGACAGUGCCAUAACGGAUGAAGAUAUUGAUACGAUACUUCAGAAAGGAGAAGCUAAAACAGAGGAAAUGAAACAGAAGUUGGAAAAUUUGGGUGAAUCAUCCUUGAGAAAUUUUACAGUCGAUGCACCGACCGAUUCAGUCUACCAAUUUGAAGGUGAGGAUUAUAGGGAGAAGCAGAAAAUAUUAGGUAUAGGCAACUGGAUUGAGCCGCCUAAACGCGAGAGAAAGGCAAAUUAUGCAGUCGAUGCUUACUUCAGAGAAGCGCUAAGAGUCUCAGAGCCAAAAGCUCCAAAGGCACCAAGACCUCCGAAACAACCAAUUGUUCAAGAUUUCCAAUUUUUUCCGCCACGAUUGUUUGAGCUACUCGAUCAAGAAAUAUAUUAUUUCAGACAAACAGUUGGGUACAAAGUACCAAAAAACCCUGAACUUGGAUCUGACGCAGGAAGGAUUCAAAAGGAAGAGCAGCGAAAAAUUGACGAAGCUCAGCCACUUACAGACGAGGAAUUGACAGAGAAAGAAAAACUGCUUACUCAGGGAUUCACAAACUGGACGAAGAGGGAUUUCAACCAAUUCAUAAAGGCUAAUGAAAAAUAUGGUCGAGAUGACAUUGAGAAUAUUGCCAAAGAUGUCGAAGGAAAAUCUCCUGAAGAAGUAAUGGAGUAUUCUGCUGUCUUUUGGGAACGUUGCCACGAACUUCAAGACAUUGACAGAGUAAUGGCUCAGAUAGAGCGAGGAGAAGCAAAAAUUCAGAGACGUGCCGGUAUAAAGAAAGCUCUGGAUGCAAAAAUGGCCAGAUAUAGAGCACCAUUCCAUCAGCUAAGAAUAGCCUAUGGAACAAACAAGGGAAAAAAUUAUACCGAAGAAGAGGACAGAUUCCUUGUAUGCAUGUUGCAUAAACUUGGAUUUGAUAAAGAAAAUGUAUACGAAGAACUCAGAGCAACCGUAAGAUCUGCACCACAAUUUCGCUUCGAUUGGUUUGUCAAGUCAAGAACAGCUCUAGAACUCCAACGAAGGUGUAACACUUUGAUAACGCUAAUUGAACGUGAAAAUCUAGAGCUUGAAGAAAGAGAGAGACAAGAGAGACGAAAGAAGGGUGGAAGUAUUGGAUCAAAACCAGCGUCCAAACGGAAGCAAGAGAAUCUUCCAGCACCUCAAGAUAAACCUAGGAAGAAGAAGAAGUAAAUGUACUUUUCAUGAACUAUGCAACACAAUUUCAGUUUAUCUAAAUUUUAAUAAUUUCCAAUAUCACUUUAAGUUUAUUACAGUGGCUGAACCCACGUCGGAUACAGGCUGUUCAUGUUAAAAUAAUUCAAUAUUAUGAUCUUUAUCAAACUGGUCAUCUAUUAUCAAACCACUGUAAACAUAAAUUAAAAAAAUUUUAAUUUUUUAACUGCACGUUAAUUAAAUCUUAUAAAAUAACUUCUAUUAAUUGUGUCGUUAUGUGAAGUGAGGGGCACCAAUUAUACAAAUUCAAUACAUUCUUCUAGACAACCUAUUAACUCGUCACAAAUAACUUGUUUGCCUGUAAAAAGAAGCGAUAAACAGCAUUUUUCAUUUAAAUGAAGAACACCUUCUUUCCGUGAAGUCUUACGUAAUGUUUAGAAGUAACGUCUUUUCUAAUUAGAACAGUACAUUGUCACACACAUUUGGAACCAUAGUUAUUUAUGAAAUAUACAUGUAAAACAAAGAAAUGCUCUAAUUGUUAACGCUGAAAGAUUUAAUUAAACAUCAAUCAUAUUUACAACAUUGUCAAAUGCAGUGUUCUGUGUACUCUCACUUAGAAUUAAUUUACUUGGUAAAACUUGGGGAGUUGAUUCACGAUUGAUUGGUACGAAGAAUUUUGUUUACUAUCACGUUUAUUGGAUUUAAGAAUUCUUAUCGAGGAGCAGAGUAAAUAAAAAGUAUGAAAUAAGAUA